GACGUACGUGCUGACGUAGACGUAAUGUGGUGUCGCGGUUGAUGGUGGCCGCCAUCUUACAGAUUGUGUGGGUCCUCAAUGGUUUACAUGUUAUACGGUAUCGUUAGGCUGAGCAGACCGGAGUCAGCGGCGGAGCCGUUUAGUACGUACGUUGUACAGCAAGCCGUCUAUCAGAAAUAGGAAGCGAGCAAGACAACGACUUGUGUGUUGUAGUUCUCCCCUCCGCUCUCCGACCCCAGGAGAGGUACGAACAUGAUCAUAGAGGACUUCGAGGCCCUGAAGAUCUGGCUCUCUAAGACCUUGGAGCCCAUUUGUGAUGCUGAUCCAUCAGCUCUUGCAAAAUAUGUUCUUGCAUUGGUGAAAAAGGAUAAAAAUGAUCGAGAACUGAAGGCGCUGUGCAUUGAUCAGCUUGAUGUUUUUCUUCAAAGAGAAACCCAAGGCUUUGUGGAUAAAUUAUUUGAAGCUGUGGGCAACAAGAGUUACCUCCCACCCCCUGAGCCUACAUCAACAGUCACUGUAAGAGAAGAGGUAUUGGAACAUCAAGAGAGAGAAGUGAGAAGAGAAGAGAGUAGAGAUGAAGAUAGGGAGAGAAGAGGCUCAAGAAGAACUAAUCACAGUCCCCAGCCUUCGACUACUCGUCAUAGAGAAAACAGAGAAAACAACCGAAGACGAAGUAAUUCUGACAGAGAGAGCAACUCCACGCAAAACUCUUUAAGGUCUGCAGGACAAGAGCCAAAACAAGAUGUUGACACCACAUCAUCUCGUUUAGGUGGUAGCAAAAUACAGAGUUCAAAAACUACAAGGAGUAGAGAUGACCGCAAAAAAGAUGACCGUUCUCGUAAAAGGGAGUAUGAUCGGACUAUGCCUCGUCGAGACUCAUACAGGGAUCGGUACAAUAGAAGAAGAGGUAGAAGUCGAAGCUACAGCCGAAGUCGCAGUCGCAGCUGGAGUAAAGAACGACCACGUGAAAGAGAGAGAAGCCGCAGCAGAACAAGGAGUAGGACUAGGAGCAGAGAUAAAGAUUCAGGAAAACCAAAGUAUGAGCUUGAUCGACCAGAAGCAUCAGACACUAACUAUCAGGCAGGCUCCUCCAUUCCCCACAUUGGGUCAGGUCAUUACCCUGUUCCAACACUUAGUAGCACAAUCACAGUUGUGGCACCAUCACAUCAUGGGAACAGCACAGCUGAAAACUGGCCGGAAUUCCAUGAAGACCAAGUGGACCAUAGUAGUUAUGGAAGACCUCCCAUUCCCAAAAAGCGCUGUAGAGACUAUGAUGAAAAAGGAUUUUGUAUGAGAGGGGAUAUGUGUCCAUUUGAUCAUGGUAGUGAUCCUGUGGUUGUUGAAGAUGUCAACCUACCUGGAAUACUGCCGUUCCCAGCACAGCCACCUGUUGUAGACGGACCACCUCCACCAGGUCUUCCACCCCCACCCACGCUUCUUACUCCUCCUGUUCCUCCUCCUCCUGUAAAUUUGCGACCUCCUCCAGUUCCUCCACCGGGCCCUCUGCCACCCAGCCUUCCACCAGUAUCAGGCCCACCACCACCUCUUCCGCCAUUGCAACCUGCUGUCAUGGAUGCUCCCCCAAUCUCUGCCACCAGCUCGGUUCCUACUGUUGUGACUACUGCCAUUCACCUCCCUCCUCCCCCUGUGGUCCCACCACCUCUCUUCUCAGGAGCACCAAUACCGUUGUUCCCAGAAACAUAUGAAGCUGAUGUUUAUAAUCCAGAAGCCCCAAGCAUGACAAACACUUCUCGACCUGUGUACAGGCAUCGUGUACAUGCACAAAGACCUAAUUUAAUAGGCCUAACAUCAGGAGACAUGGAUUUACCACCUAGGGAAAAACCUGCCAAUGGUAAUGUAAGGAUUGUUGUUGAUUCUGAAUCCAGGAAAAGGAAUCUUCCACCCGUAGAAGCUGCAAUACCUGUGAAAAAACCUUGGUUUGACAAACAAAACUUCAAUAGAGGAAACCCUCCCAACUUUCCAAAAAAGAUUCCAUUUCCUAAUGAGAAUACCAAGCUGGAGUUGAGGAGAAUUCCUUCAGAGCUGAACAACAUUAGCAGACUAAAUGAGCAUUUCAGUAAAUUUGGAACACUGGUCAAUUUGCAGGUUGCUUAUGAGGGAGAUCCAGAAGCUGCUCUUAUUCAGUUUGCAACAAAUGCGGAAGCAAAGGCAGCCAUCUCAAGCACAGAAGCAGUUUUGAAUAACCGGUUUAUUAAGAUGUAUUGGCACAGACAAGGGCCUGCUCAUCAAACGCAAGCUCCAGCAUCUGCAAAUAUAUUUGCAAAGACUGUAACCAAAGUACCAAUAAAAGAAAGGCUGGGUUUUAUUGCGAAGCACACAACUGCAACCACCGAAAAGGUCUUAUCCACAUCUACUGGACUUACAAAAACGGUUUACAACCCGGAAGCUUUGAAAGCCAUACAGAAAUCUGUUGUCUAUUCCAAGUCAGUUGACAUCAGUGAAGCACAGAAAAGGAAACAGGAAACACUGAAACUUCAGCAAGAUGUAAGGAAGAAAAAGCAAGAGAUUUUGGAAAAGCACAUAGAGACACAGAAGAUGCUUAUAUCUAAACUUGAGAAAAAUAAGACCAUGAAGGCUGAGGACAAAGCCGAAAUCUUGAAAACUCUGCAAACCUUGACUAUUGCCAUUACAAAAUUAAGAGAUGAACUAAAGGCUGUGUCAUCUACAGGAACGGCUCUUAAGAGUAACAGAAGUAAAGUUCAGAUGCAGAAAGAGCUACUUGACACUGAACUUGACUUGUACAAAAAAAUUCAGGCCGGUGAAGGUGUUGCGGAGUUAAGGAAAAAAUAUAUGGAGUUGCAGCUUGAGGCUGCAAAACGGGGCAUCCUGUCUUCUGGGCACGGAAGAGGGACACAUAUGCGGGGAAGAGGAAUGGCACGUGGAAGAGGGAGAGGAAGAGGUCGAGGUCGAGGCCGAGGCAUUUCAGUUCAUUCUGUGUUAGAUCAUCGUCCAAGAGCUUUAGAGAUAUUUGGGUUUACUGAAGGUGAAAGGGAAGAUCUCCUUCCUCAUUUUGCACAAUAUGGAGAAAUUGAAGACUGUCAAAUAGAUGACUCAUCUCGCCGUGCAAUAAUUACCUUCAAAACCAGAGCAGAAGCAGAGGCAGCUGCAGUCCAUGGAGUACAUUUCAAAGGGCAGGACUUAAAGUUAGGAUGGCAUAAACCGGUACCUAAUGCCUGCAUCACAGAGGUGGAAGAUGCAGAACAAGAAGAGGAAGAAUUUCAGGAAGAUUCUGUUGUGGAUGACUCUUUACUACAGGAUGAUGAUGAAGAGGAAGAUGACAAUGAACCUAGAUCUUGGAGAAGAUAAAGGAGUUCACCUAUCGCUCAGCUGUAAACAUUACAUCUGAUAUUGAGAUCACCUAAUGCGCUUUUCCAUCGGACGUUUUCAGCUUGUCUGUGGACAUAUAUAGCGGACACUUGGUUUAGAAAUCUCAUCUAAGACUGGAAAGCCUUCUGUUGUCACAUUUCAGUUAAUGGUUUAAUGCAUUAUAAUACAAAAUGCAACAUUUAUUAGCACACUUUUGCUGGCUGUACAAUUUUUGGUUUAAGUUUUAAUUUAAAAACAAAUUAACUUGUCAAGUGCAAGUUGAAAAUAUUCACGAUAACACAAUUUGCUUUAAACUCUGUGGAAGUUUUGAGAAGUCUAGACAAAUACUAAACAAAAAUCUCAGUUGUUAUAUUUACAUAAUACAUAGUGUUAUGCAUAGGCUUUACUAUGUAGUAGCCUUUCUGUUCACUUUAUUUUGUGUACGUAUUUUACGUAUGGGUUUUAAUAACAUUGUACAAUUGCUUUGCAUAUGUCUUUGCAACUAUAGUAUGUUGAAAAAGAAAUAAAUGGAAUGGGCAAAAAAAAAAGUAAAAAAAAAAUGACAAUGUGGAUUUGUUGGCAAAUAAACCAAAAAAUGGAAAAAAAAAAGAAAAAUUAAAAAAAAAAAAAGAGGAAAAAAAGAAAACUAGGAAAAGAAAAAAAUAAUCUAACCAUUCCAGUGGUUGUCUCAUCCCAAUACUUGUAAAUAUCUUGCUGUUAUGUCAAAUUAAAACUUUACCAUAACAAGUACAAAAUCCUGUUUUAUGAAAAGUGCAUUGCUUUCAAAUGGUGAUUUCCAAAAAGCUCUUAAUUGCGUACAUGCUGGCGUUGGUGGACGCUGAAGAUUCCUAUCCUGCAGGCUUAAACUUAAUUUGAUUUUGUGCCUUAAGACCGUCAUGUUAUCUGACAUGGUGUUCAAGAACUACUUGACAAAGGUUGGCUGUGGAUGGUUUCUGUGAACUCAUCUGGAAAUUAAACCUAUAAUUUUUAUCCA